CGUGCCAGUGCCAGUGUCGGUGUUGGUGCCAUCACACUGUAUACUGUUGUUGUGUGUCUAAGGUUGCAGCCUAGAGAUGUCUUCUGUUUACAAACUCUUCUUUCUACUUUCCUGUGUCGCAUGUUUGUCUCAGAGCCAGUUUAUAAGAAAGUUAAUUAAGGUUUCAAUUUCGUGGACAAACGAUUGCCACAUAAGUACAAGUUGCUCUCCAUGUGGGCCUACACAGGACAUUCCAACCACAAACAAACCAACUGAAGAUCCGCCAAUAAGUGAGAGUUUAUCAGACCUCUGUUUGGGGUGUAUCUGUGAGAUAAUGUCUGGAUGUAACCUCACCAGGGGUUGUGAGGAAGGAGACUGUGGGAUGUUUCGUAUCACCAAACUCUACUGGAUAGACGCAGGCAUGCCUGUAUUGAAUGGCGUAAACCCACAUCAACCGCAAGCAUUUGAAAGCUGUGCUAGGGACCCUGAGUGUGCAGCUUCAACCGUGAAAGGAUACAUGAGCAAGUGUAGAAACCAGGACUGCAACCGUGAUGGUCGUGUGGACUGUAUGGACUACGGAGUCAUUCACAAAGUGGGCUGCCCUAAAUGUCUCGGACAAAGAGAUACGUACUAUGAAACGUCCUUGCGCAACUGCCUUAUACAGAACUCAUGAGAAUAACAAUAAGCUAGUCAGUGUCAAACUUUUAAAUGGAUAGGUAUAUUUAUAUUUAUAUUUAUAUUUAAAUAAAUUAAAUACAUUUUUUACUAA